CGCCUAGGGGCGCGCGCGCGCGCGCAGAAGGGGCCAAUCAGCGAGCGCGCCGAGGCUUCCUCGCGCCGCUGCCUCCUUGCUCGCUCCCCCUCCCACCUCUUCCCCCCCGCCCGCGCGACGUUGCUUGCUGCUCCCCACUCGCUCCCCCCUCCCUUCCCGACCCCCCCUCUGGAGGAGACGAGCCCCCCCCCUCCCCCGCCCGUUGCCGCCGCCAUGGACCCGAGCAACUGGAGCAGCUUCAUCUUCCAGCAGAGUCAUACACAGAAUCCGCUGCAGGUCGGGGCGGAAAUCCAGUCAAGGUUUUUUGCUGCUCAAGGCUGCAGUCAAAGCCCUUUCCAGGAUACAUCAACACAGGGACACUGGUAUUCACGCUUGCCUGCUCAUUCUCCCCUAGGCACACAGACUGCCACAACAGCCCCUCCCCAACAGUCAGCCACUCCUGCUGAGUCCCUCCAAGUGGACCUCCUGCCUGUUUUGGCUGCUGCCCAGGAAACAGCAGCGGCUGCGGCUGUAGUUGCUGCCGCCACAGCUUCUGCACCAACUGCUUCCACAGUAGACACAGCUGCCCUGAAACAGCAGCAGCCUUCCGCCUCUGAAGGUGGCGGGGGGCACGUAGCACCAACCACUCAAACCACCCAAGCCCCAACUCCCCAAGCCGCUCCUGCCACACCACAGCCAGGUGACUCAAAGAAGCCGAAGAGCAAAGGGCCCUACAUCUGCUCCCUGUGCGCUAAAGAGUUCAAAAACGGCUACAACCUGCGGCGCCAUGAAGCUAUUCACACGGGGGCCAAAGCUUCCCGCGCUGGACCUACGACCAUGAAGAUGCCCACUAUGGUUCCCCUCAGCUUGCUUAGUGUGUCAGCCAUCGGUGGGACAACCCCAGCAACACCUGGGCCUACUGAGGGGGCAGGGAACACAACAGGGUCAGGCGCGGGGCUGGUGACCACUACAGCAUCAGGCAAACGAAUCCGGAAGAACCACGCGUGCGAGAUGUGUGGGAAAGCUUUCCGGGACGUCUAUCACCUCAACCGGCAUAAGCUGUCGCACUCAGAUGAGAAGCCCUAUCAGUGUCCUGUCUGCCAGCAGCGGUUCAAGCGGAAGGACCGCAUGAGCUAUCACGUUCGUUCGCAUGAUGGUGCUGUGCACAAGCCGUACAUCUGCAGCCACUGUGGGAAGAGUUUCUCACGGCCGGACCAUUUGAACAGCCACGUGCGGCAAGUCCACUCAACAGAGAGGCCCUUCAAAUGUGAGAGAUGUGAAGCAGCCUUUGCCACCAAGGAUCGGCUGCGUGCUCACACAGUCCGUCACGAGGAGAAAGUGCCGUGUCACGUGUGUGGAAAGAUGCUGAGCUCUGCCUACAUCACAGACCACAUGAAAGUACACAGCCAAGGGCCGAAUCAUGUCUGUGAACUGUGCAACAAAGGUACGGGUGAGGUCUGCCCUCUCGCGGCAGCUGUCUCGGCCCAACCUCCCGCUGCCGUCACGGUGCUGCCCAUGGAGGGAGCCUCGGUUGUGAGCCAAGCCCUCCCCACGCAGCCCUGGUGAUUUGUGGGAGUGGGGAGGCAGGAGCCGACCCUUCCAGUCCCGUCCCUCUCCCUCACUGGCAGCUGGAGCCUCCAAGCCCAGAUGGAUAUGCAGUGGCCAUAUUUGGGUGUCUAAUUUAAUGGUGGUUUCAUUCAUUCUCUCCCCUGCCUGUGCUCAUGAAAUAAUGAAGCUGGGAAAGCACCUGUCCAGCUGAGACAGCCUCUCCUGUCCAGAGGGCGCCUUGUUGUGAGGGCCGUGGAAGGGCUUUGUGCACGUUCAGAGAGCAGCCUGAUUUUACUGACUCCCCUGCUCCAGCACCCUUAACUUUUAGCCCCCACAAGCGCUCCUAAAGUCCAUGCACCCUCCCCUGUCCUUGGCCAAAAUGCUGCCGUCUUUGUCACCAGAAGUCUCCUGCCCAUUCCAGCAGUGUCCCCUGUAGCCCCCGAAUGAACGACACGAAAAUCAGUGAGAGAGCGGGACCGAAGACGUGGCAAGCUCAGCUCAGGAACAGGGAAGUGGGGUAGCUGUAGGGCAGCAUCGCAGCUGGAGAGGAGCUGAGAGGAGAGGGUUUAAAUGGGGUAUUUGGUAGAGGGAGUUGACAGAGCUUGGGGAGCCCGCAAGGGUGUUAGAAAUGGGACAGGAAUCAGGACUGAGGGGGAUUGCUAGGUCCCAGAAGCCCACGUCCGGGGUGAUUGGAGGGCUAGGGUGGGAUAGGAUAGGAGAGGGCUUCCAUGGCCGGUGCCCUUAAGCCCCCCUGCUAAGGAGCUGCUCUGACCUUCCCUCCCUGCUCAGCACCUCAUUCUGAUGUGGUGUCUGUUUUAAUGCUCUGUUCCCUCGGCUUAUCUUGUGAUUCGUGUUCCAAGCGUGUCAGCCCUCCACACCGAGCGUUACUCCCCCACCCCUCCCCAAAUGACCUUCCUUGUUGCAUGCAGCCCCCCAGUUUGGGGUUAGAGUCUCUCGCUUUUUUUGUAUGAUAUAUAUAAACGAAACCCCCCCUCCCCACAUUUAAGAUAAACUUCUUUUGUGUUUCUUCUUUUUUGUUUUUGUUAACACAAAAUGUAAUGAAGCCGUGUCCAUCUCUAUCCUUUCUUCCUGCCCCCUUCCCCGAACCCCUAUUUCUUUCCCUCUUCUGUGCACCCCCCUUCUUUCUGGAUCUGUGUCUCCACAGCAAGAGAUUUUAGUAAAAACAUUGAAGGAAAAAUA